UAAAUUUCCUCAUCUUGCAUUGUACGAUCUGCAGCAUGUUUAAACACUUUUCUUUGGAAAUGGCCUAAAAUUGAUGCGCAGAUAAGUUAUAUCCAUACAAAUUCAACUUGGCCUUUCAAAACAACAUUUACUGAGAAAAACACCCCUUCGUAUUAGUCGAUUCGCCCAUCCGGGAAGUCAUAUGAUGUUGACAAGAUGGCGGCUGUGUCGGUGAAAACUGUUGGCAAGCUUUUGUUUUUCUUCACUUUCUUCUCAACAGUGACUGUAGUCUGGCUGGACCAAUUGGAAGUAAAGGCAAUAGACUCCCCAACAGAUAAGGAGAUUUUGCAGUAUCAGCUGCAGAGAGACAGCAGACAUCAUCACCAUAUGGGAGAGGUGCCCAGAAUGACCAUGGACACAGCCAUCCUGAAGGUUAACACAAGCCUGGAUUAUGCUGUUCAGAUAUGGGCUGUGUCUGCUGAGUGUCACAAGUGCAAUAUGUCCUUUAUGAUGGAGGUUGAUCCUAGCAUUCCAACUGAGCCCUUCCUGGUGCAGACUACCUUCAUGACACACAUUUCCAUUGUAAAGGACAACCAUGAUGGCACCAAUGACUCCAUCUGCAGUUUAGACAAGUUGUUUGGAGAACAUGGUGAAUACCAGAUGUUCAUCAAUGCCAAUGGACCAAGUGAAGAAAACAAGUUUGACUGUCCUGUGUAUCCAGAUAAAGACCCCAUUGACAGCAACAUCCCCAUCCUGGUUGCCUUCUGCAUCUAUGUGGGACUAGUUCUCCUCUUCUUGGCUGUCAGACAGUUGUACUAUACAAUUGGCAGGUCUCAGUACGCUUGGUUUAUUGGCUAUUUUCCAUUUCGAGAAACAGACAGGCUGGUGAAUUCAGACUUAGGAGCACCAAGUCCAUCCUCCACAGCUACAGAAGACAGAAGCCAGACAGUGGCCAACUCCUCUACACAGCCUGCCUCACAAGGGAUACGUAGACUCCGCUCCUUAGACACAUUCAGAGGGUUGUCGUUAGCUGUGAUGGUUUUUGUAAACUACGGAGGAGGGGGAUACUGGUUCUUCAAACAUGCCAGGUGGAAUGGCCUCACAGUAGCAGACUUGGUCUUUCCUUGGUUUGUGUUUAUAAUGGGCACGUCCAUCGCCCUGUCGUUCCGGAGACUGCUGAAGAAGGGCGUGUCCAGACUGAGUCUGCUGUUGAAGGUCAUCCAGAGGACAGUCAUCCUGUUCCUGUUUGGACUGUUCAUCAUCAACACCAAGAAAGGACACAACUCCUGGUCCACCCUGCGGAUCCCGGGGGUGUUACAGAGACUUGCCCUGACGUACUUCAUUGUUGCCCUUAUGGAAGUGAUAGGAGCUACAGCAGAGGACAGGAACUGGUCUUGGAAACACCGAGGCUAUCUGUCCCUGUACCUAUUACAGACCUCGCGGAUCGCGCCCAUCCGGGACAUCGUGAACUCCUGGGGGCAGUGGCUGUUCAUGAUCGUGGUGGUGACGCUCCAUCUGGUGCUGAUGUUUUGGCUUCAAGUCCCAAACUGUCCAAUUGGUUACCUGGGCCCUGGUGGUCUGUCUGACAUUGCCCACUACAACUGUACUGGAGGAGCCACUGGGUACAUAGACAGGGCCGUCUUCACUGAUGACCACAUCUACCAACAUCCAACACCAAUUACUGUUUACAAGACAGAAGUGCCCUUUGAGCCAGAAGGACUUCUUGGCACGCUGACGUCUGCUCUACUCUGCUUCCUGGGACUUCAGGCUGGGAAGAUCCUCUUGACCUAUCCACAGAAUGGUGCCAGGGUGGGCAGGUGGUUAGGGUGGGCUGUGGCAACGGGAGCCAUUGGUGGGUUACUGUGUAAUGGAAGACAGAACGAAGGAUGGAUUCCACUCAACAAGAACCUGUGGUCGCUGUCGUUUGUGCUAGUCCUGUCCUGUUUUGCCUUCGUGCUGCUGUCUGUGUGUUACAUCAUCGUUGAUGUCAAACAGUGGUGGACGGGAGCUCCAUUCUACCAAGUCGGUAUGAACUCCAUCCUGGUGUAUAUAGGUCAUGAGCUGUGUGCAGACAAACUGCCCUUCCAGUGGGCGGCAUCGCCGACACACGCCAGUCAGCUGGCUACAGACCUGGUCGGGACAACGUUAUGGGUUCUCAUUGCAGUGUGGCUUCACUACAAGAAAUUCUACCUCAAGAUAUAGUCUUCUUCCAAUCAUUCAUCGCAGUGUCCUACUUUAAACUGAAACUGUACAGUUUUUUAAAACCUCUUUGCACUCUUUUCCCAUGUACGGAAACAAAGUGUCAAUCUCUACUCUUUAUGGUCAACCAUAUCAAAUUGGAACAUUUUGGUGUAAUUAUUGGUCUUACACUGUGGCUUGUUAAUGAUAUUAUCAUAUAAAAACAAGCAUUUGCUUCUUGUUGGAUGGAAAUGGCAUCUUAAGUUAUGGCUGUUGUAUAGCCACCUUAAGUAUAUUCUGAGGGGAAAUGGGGAAGUUGUAUGUGAUCUGUCUUCUUUUGAGCACCACCAUUCCAAUUUUUGAUGAAGGUUAGACAUGCAUCUAACCGCUUAGAUUUCUGCUUGCGUAUACUGUAUGUACAACUGUAUAUUACCUCAGGAUAUUAUUUCAAUCAACUUAGUUUUGCCUUUUCUCAUUGCUUCAAAUGCACCAAAACAAUCUCCUUACUUUAUCCAGUUGUGGUAACCUACCAGUAACAUUCCAAUGUUAAAAGAAGCUGGUCUUUUUUUCAUUGAUUUUGUAGUUAUCACAGUAUUACCUGUGUUUACAAUCAAUCAUGGAAAAUAUCAAUGAUUACAUGAGCCUGUAACAAAUUUGUCUACAUUUUAUACUGAAAUGCUCAAUAUGUGUACAUGAUUUGUAUGUGUUUGUAAACUCUGAAAAGACCUUGUGUUGUUAUGUAAUUUGGGUAAAGUUUAAACCAUACACACCAACAUAUGUUGGUGACAAUGUUUAACAUAAAAAUAGAGAGGUACUGAGGCUGUGAUACUACAGGCAAUGUUUGUUCAAUGAUGGAAUUUUAAAUUUUUUUAUAACAGUAUUCUAUGAAAUAUAUGAUAUACCUAAUAUAUAUCAUUGUCGAAAUCUAGUAACAGUACCAAAUCAAAUGUUGGUUGAGACAGUUUGAUAGAUCUAAAUUAAGAAAUACACCCCAUCAACAGACAGUUGCCUAAUAUAUAAGUAUACUUCUCUCUGUUUACCUUUUGCUUAACAAGGAAACAUGACCAUUUGUAUAUGGGUGCAAUCUCUGUAACUUUGUUGUUAAUUGAAACAUAAACAUGAAAUACUGAAUCAUAAUCA